GUGCAUUCAUGCUCCACUUCCAUAUUAUUUUAAGGGAAAAGUCAUUAAGAGUAGUUUUGAAAACGUUAAAAACAUUUUAAAAUAUUUUGUAAAAGAUUAGAAUUAUUCUAAAAGUUUAACACAAGCACGUGCUAUUCCUAAUGUAACAAGUAAAUGCGAAGAAAACGUUUUCUUAUUAAAGUCAUUAACAUAAUACAGUUUGUUUGUACAGUACUGAUGGUGACAUUCAGAGGAGGGUCAUUUUCUCUUGUGUAUGUCAUUGGGCAACAUGGGCAUAUGUUAAUGCACUGCCCCACGCGCAUUAACAAUCCAGACCACAACAAACUGCCGGUAAGGAUGCGAUCUCUCGCCCUUUGCAUUUCAUUUGUACUCCAGUGCUUCGUUCUGCAAAGCGCAUCAGAGUAUUCUUCAAAAUCCGAGCUGGAAUACGAAUUCGGUGACUAUCGUGGCAAGUUCUGUAUCGACGAUCAAGGUUUUGUCUACAGCAUCGGAGAGGUUUAUUAUCCGAGCUCCACAGCGUGUCCCUGCACCUGCACAGAGGAUGGACCCGUGUGUGUCAAACCCAAGUGCCCGCGUAUACACCCGAGAUGCACGCGCAUCACAUACAAGUCCUGCUGUCCCGUGUGUGAAGCGGUCAGUAAAGUUUGUGUGUACGGGGGCAAAACGUACAGAAUGCUGGAGGAAUUUAGGUUGUCACCCUGUGAGCGUUGCCGGUGUGAAGUCAACCGAGAAGUUUACUGCACCAUAUCCGGCUGCCCUGCGUUACAUUGUGUGAAUCCUGUAUACGAACCCAACCAUUGCUGUCCUGUGUGCAAAAGUGGGCCCAACUGCUUUGCUGGCGAUCGCGUGAUCUCAGCUGGAGAACGUGUUGAGAUUGAUGAGUGGACGGUGUGUUUCUGCACCUACCAGGAUGGAACGUGGCAGACGCACCCUCACGCUACCUGUGAGGAACACCAACGAGCAGACAAUGAAGCCACUGACUCCGACAACACAUCCAAACAGAUGGAGGAGCAGGAGAAAGAGAAGGAGAAGAGAGAGAGAGUGUUCUCGCCCAGGCUGGAUGCCAUCCCAUGAAGGGAAGUGUGCCUGGCACCCGCUCUCCUGACAGGCAGGAGGGGAUGCAGAGCACCAUGCAGGUGUCUGUUCCCAGGGUAAACACAACCUGCGCUGGGAUAACUGCCAAUGCUAACCUCUUUAGCCAACCUCACCAGCCCCUCCCUUCCUGACCCAGAUCGGAAACCCACUGAGAAGCAACAUGCACUACUGAAAUCUUCCACUAUUAUACAUGGUAUACUUGGUCAGAAAUUAGGGGUCAGUAAGAUUUAAAAUAAAUACUUCUAUGCAGUAAGGUCGCAUUAGAUUGACCAAAAGUGACAUAAAAGACAUACUAUGUAAAAAAAAAAAAAAAAAAAAAUCAAAUAGGCUAAACGUAUCAGGAUUUAUUGAGCACCAAAUUAGCACAGAACAAUUUCCAAAGUGACACUGAAGACUGGAGUAAUGGCUGCUGAAAAUUCAGCUUUGCGUAACAGGAAUAAACUACUUUUUAAAAUAUGUUAAAAUAUAACGCUAACUAUUUUAAACUCACAGUAUUACUGUUUGUGAUCAAAUGAAUGCAGCCUAAAAAAAUCUUACUGACCGCAAACUUUUGAAUGGUAUUGUAAAUAUGUGUAUAUUUCUGUAUUACAUGUUGUUUACUUCUUACUAAGAUGCAGUUAUGCUGCAUAUUUAAAUAUGAAACAUUGUAUUUAAACAAAAUGAUUUCCCAUUUUUCCAUCUCAUUCUUGUAGCAUGUUGUUAAUGGGCACAUUACAUUUUUUGGAAGUCUUGAAUAUUGUUUUGAUGUUUAAAUUAUUUAUUCCAUGUCCAAUAUUAUGUAUUAAUUAACAACUUCAGUGUUCAUUCCAACAAAUAAAUGUACACACUGUCAUAUUAUAUUAGACAUCAACAGUAAAAUGUUGUUCUCCAUAAUGAUGAUUACAUAUUUGCUUGUUUAGCUGGGAAGUGGAGCAUGCAAUAAGAAACACUCAUUUUCAAAGGGCUGGUCAAAUGGAAACAUAUAACUGUAUAGUAUUAAAAUCAUCUCAGGUUU